GGUAUGCUCUGUGGUUAGAGCUGACUAAAGACCUGCGAAUGCUGCCCUAUGACGUCAAGUUGCCAUAGUUACACAGGAUGGUUUCAAAAUGGCGUUUAUAAACGUAUCGAUUUGCUUAGCGUUGGUACACAUGAUAUCAUCAGCCUAUAGUCUUUCUGCAGAAAUUGUGGAAUAUUCAGAUCCGACGUACUGUUCGGACAACGAAUAUUUUGACAUACAAUUAUUUAAAUGCGUUUCUUGCAACGAAUUAAAAAACCUGAAACCUACUGAAGAUAGGCUGUCAUGUACAUGUAACAUGAGGAGUAAGAUUGUGCAAUGGACAGGGGGACAGUUUCCAGUCUGUGAACUGUGUCCUGAUGAUGAAGUACCAACGAUUGAUAAGCUUGAAUGCCUGCCAUGUUCAGCCAAGGCACUGAAAGGAAAUGACACUGUAGUUUGUACAGCAUGUGGAAUGGGGGAGAUACAAGUGGAAAAAUACUACAAUGGAACUCUGAUGAAAACACUGCAUUGUCUGAAUUGCACAGAUGGGACAGUUCCUUCAUCUGAUCAGACAUUCUGUGUGCCCUGUUUGUUACACUCUCGUAACUGUUCCUGCCCUGCUGUCACCCAUGAGUUGUUAGAAGGGACUUGUGUUCCCCUUAAUAGCCUCUCCAACUGGCCAGAUGAGAGAAAUAGUUAUGUUAUAGAGUAUGAAUCUGGUGAUAAGAUUGAUUCAUAUUUCCUUAGGAGACAUUUAAGAUCAUCAGUAUAUCUAUGCAAGAUGAGGAACCAAUCUGCUUGUGAACUGGUGGCCAACAUGUGUACUCUGGUGAUGUUCCGUGAUGACUAUGUUGGGAGUCCCUGCAAGCUAUUUGAGGGUGCCAAACACAUCCCAAAUUCUGACAAUAGUGCUCUGCCAUGGCUGUACUAUGGGGAGGGAGAUGCACAGGCUGUGUUGUUCAGGAAGAAGAUAACAGCCAAGUACAGCAUGGAUCCCAGCUUCAAGGCUAGCAGGUUGAAUUUGACUGUCAUACGAUUCACACCUGAGGGCCACAUGAAGGGGAUUUCUCCAGCUAGCGGGAGCUUCCUGCAGCUGUGUCCUGGCUCAUGGACCUCCCUGGACAAGGGGUUACGUUUUGGUGCCCAGUACAAGUUCUCCUGCAAGAUACCUGCACAUCAGUUGGUUCAGAUCAAGGACACUGAAUUCCUAGACCUGUAUCUGCAGUACUGGGAAGAUGGGGAAUCCCUGCUGCAUGCUGUCCCAGUGCUGGUAGUGGACCUCAAAGUGGGGGGCAAGUCAGCAAACAAGAGAUCUGACAGGGCCCAAUGGCAGCUGACCAGGAGGUUCUUUCUGAUUGACAAAGUUGGAGGUGUGAAGUAUAUGUCAAAGAGUGAAGUGGUUAAUGCUCCAUCUAUCAUCAGAUAUGUGCAGUCAUGCACAUUGAGGGUGAAGGUGCAGGGACAUGAGGAGGAGGGUCGGAUUUAUCCCCCACUCUUGGUACUCAAGUAUGGAGAAGUGAAGCAGGAAGACAUUGAAGCUAAUGUUGAGGUGCCAUUCACAUUCAGUGUUGAGUAUGAAAUGGAAAACUCAAUGUCACAUGCUGUAGAGGUGUCAGUGGGAGUUCUCAGUGCUCUUGCAGUUGUCUGGUCAGGCAUAGAGACAUGGAGAUAUUCCCGCCGAUCAGGUCGAGUUGGCAUUGACCAUGUCACUUUGGGUAAGCUGCUCAUGUUUUCAUGUGGAAACCUUGCAAAUGUUUUCUUCUUUGUCGCGGCCUGUGCCAGUUUUCACACCUUCGCAUUCUACAAGGGACAGAGUAUAGUGCAGGUUCUACUGCCAUCCCACCAACAAGAGCAAAUUAUCAGGAGCUAUGUAAUUUCAGCAUUCUCUCUCAAGAUAGUAGAAGUCAUUCAUCUGCUCUGGAGGCAGAUUUCUAUUGACAUCUUCUUCAUUGACUGGGAGCGACCACGAGCUCAUGGCUCCUUGACACGGCCCUGCAGUCAGCCAACUACUAGCACAGUACCACAGCCUGUCAGCAUGUGGAGGACAUACUUUGUGGCCAAUGAGUGGAAUGAGAUACAGACCACAAGGAAGAUCAGUCCCCUGUUCCAGCUGAUUUUCACUGUCUUUGUGCUCAAGGUGAUUGGUAUGGAGCACUGGGCAGUGGCUGACCCAGAAGUGCAUACCUCUCCUCCAGAGUACAUGAAGGACAGUCCACCAAGCUUCAUCUGUUGCUUUGCUGUGGGUGUAAUGGUCUAUGUUACAAUAUACUUCCUGCAGUGGGUGUUCAUGGUGCUGAUAUAUGAGAGAUACGUCAAGAACAUGGUUCAAGAGUUUGUUGAUAUUUGCUCCAUGGCCAAUGUCAGUGUCUUCAUCUUGGCUUUGGAAAAUUAUGGAUUCUAUAUUCAUGGCAGAUCAGCACAUGGGUUUGCGGACACAGACAUGCAGACAAUAUUGGGGCAACUACGAAGAGAAGAGGAGGAUCUGUGUGGGCACCGGGGACUGCUGCCUGGCACUGAUCAGCAGACCUUCCAGAUGGCUGUACCACUUCAGCUGCGGUCAUAUUAUCGAAAAGUGAUGGCUCCAAUCAGUUCGAUAACGCUGGCCACAAAAAGGUUGUCAAUGGGUGGUGCUGGAGCCCUCAGGUCAAAGGUGUUGUCCGGGAACAUGGACAGAAGCAUUCAGAUAUACCACAACAUGAACAAAUUCCUUGCUGCAUUUUUUGAACACGCACUGAAAGACUUGGAUUAUGAUGUGAGAGAGAAGCUGUUUGUUGAAUCUCUUCUUGACAUUGAGUUUACGGAAAUCUUCGACAAAGGAAUCCUGUAUGCAGACAGCGGGCAUUCUUUUGACAAUGUUCUCUUCUAUGGAAACGAGUUUACUUUGGCAACAUUUGACAUCUUCCUGUUCUGCUUUGUGGAGAUGCUUUUCCAUGACUUCCUGCUAGCUGCCAUUGUCACAGCAUUCUUUGAAAAGGUGCUCGUCGUCAUACGCAGAGUGGGUGGAAGGCAUAACCUGGCCAAGAAGACCCUUAUUGAUGAGCGGUUUCUGGUGUGAGAUGUAUCAUUGUUCUGUGACUUUAGUCAUUUAGCAGAAGGAUUCUUGGUGAAGAAAACUGUAGCAAUUCCUGAAGUUCCUAUAAAGAAAUGGGUAAAUCUGGGAUAACAGAAAACUUCAGGAGGAAAAUGAUUCAAAUUCAAAAUCAGCUGUCCUGCCAUCAGACUGACUAAAGGACUUCACAUACACAGAGUUCCAUUGUAUGUGUCACAUUUUAGUAUCAAAUGUUGCACAACCUGCAAAUCCUGUAGAGUUUUUUAGGUUCUUUUCAUGAAAUAAAUAUACUACUUUGUAUAGA